AUGGCGCUCAGAUCAUUCGGACAAUACGGAAACAGAUACAUCCAGAGAGGGUUCGCUCACGAAUUUGACGGAUUCGAUCAAGGAAAAUACACGGGACACGUCCUCCCGUAUUCCCAAACCAAUCAGGGUCAGGGUUACAAUUUAGGAUGGAACGGGUACCAAGGAGGAAACGUUUUCAAUCCUUAUCAGAAGCUAGGAUAUGGAUAUCAAAACCAAGGAUUCGGUGGAGGCUUAGGAUUCGCAGACGGUGCACAACUAUUCGGUGUCCAGCAACCAGCUAAUUUUAUUGGUAAUCAAAGAUUUAGGGUAUGA